AUGCAGAAGGCGAUGCGGCUGAACGACGGGCACGCCGUCUACCUGGGGCUGCUGGCUAAGAAGGACGGCGCCCGGCGCGGCUACCUGAGCAAGCGGAGCUCGGACAAUACCAAAUGGCACCCCAAGUGGUUCGCCCUCCUGCAGAACAUGCUCUUCUACUUCGAGAGCGACUCCAGCUCCAGGCCGGCUGGCCUCUACCUGCUGGAGGGCUGCGUCUGCGACCGGGCGCCCUCGCCCAAGCCCAAGGACCCCCUCGAGAAACAGCAUUAUUUCACUGUUAACUUCAACCAUGAAAACCAGAAAACCCUGGAGCUGAGGACAGAAGAUGCUAAAGACUGUGAUGAAUGGGUAGCAGCCAUUAGCCAUGCCAGUUAUAGGACUCUUGCUACAGAGCAUGAAGCUUUAAUGCAGAAGUACCUCCAUUUACUUCAGAUUGUGGAAACGGAGAAAACAGUUGCCAAGCAACUCAGGCAACAAAUUGAAGAUGGAGAAAUAGAGACCGAGCGCCUGAAAUCUGAGAUUGCAGCCUUACUCAAAGACAAUGAGCGCAUCCAGUCCAAUCAGACCAAUGCACCCAACGACGAUGACAGUGACAUCAAGAAGAUCAAGAAGGUCCAGAGCUUUUUACGAGGCUGGUUGUGCAGGAGGAAAUGGAAGACCAUCAUCCAAGACUACAUCCGCUCACCUCAUGCAGACAGCAUGCGGAAGAGGAACCAGGUGGUCUUCAGCAUGCUGGAAGCUGAGGCAGAGUAUGUUCAGCAGCUGCACAUCCUGGUCAACAACUUCCUGCGCCCACUGAGGAUGGCUGCCAGCUCCAAGAAGCCCCCUAUCACCCACGAUGAUGUCAGCAGCAUCUUCUUGAACAGUGAGACGAUCAUGUUUUUACACCAGAUCUUUUACCAGGGCCUGAAAGCACGCAUCUCCAGCUGGCCAACCUUGGUGCUGGCUGACCUCUUUGACAUCCUGUUGCCGAUGCUCAACAUCUACCAGGAGUUUGUCCGGAACCACCAGUACAGCCUGCAGAUCCUGGCUCACUGCAAGCAGAACAGGGAUUUCGACAAGCUGCUGAAGCACUAUGAGGCCAAGCCGGACUGCGAGGAGCGGACGCUGGAAACUUUCCUGACAUACCCCAUGUUCCAGAUCCCCAGGUACAUCUUGACGCUGCACGAGCUCCUGGCUCACACGCCCCACGAGCAUGUGGAGAGGAACAGCCUGGACUACGCCAAGUCCAAGUUGGAGGAGCUCUCCAGGAUAAUGCAUGACGAAGUGAGCGAGACAGAAAACAUUCGGAAGAACUUGGCAAUCGAAAGGAUGAUCAUCGAGGGGUGUGAAAUCUUGCUGGACACCAGCCAGACAUUUGUCAGACAAGGUUCCCUCAUCCAAGUGCCGAUGUCUGAGAAGGGGAAGAUCACGCGGGGUCGCCUGGGCUCCCUUUCCCUGAAGAAGGAGGGUGAGAGGCAGUGCUUCCUCUUCUCCAAGCAUUUGAUCAUUUGCACGAGAGGCUCCGGUGGGAAGCUGCACUUGACCAAGAAUGGCGUGAUCUCCCUCAUUGACUGCACCCUGGUGGAAGACACAGAGAGCACCGAUGAGGACACAAAAGGAUCCGGGCAAGAUAUAGACCAUCUUGACUUCAAGAUUGUGGUGGAGCCAAAAGACAGCCCAUCCUACACAGUUAUCCUAGUGGCCUCAUCCAGGCAGGAAAAGGCAGCCUGGACCAGUGACAUCAGCCAGUGCGUGGAUAACAUCCGCUGCAAUGGCCUCAUGAUGAAUGCCUUUGAGGAGAACUCAAAAGUCACCGUCCCCCAGAUGAUCAAGUCUGACACCAGCUUGUACUGUGACGAUGUUGACAUCCGAUUCAGCAAAACAAUGAACUCCUGCAAAGUCCUCCAGAUCCGCUAUGCCAGUGUGGAGCGGCUCCUGGAGAGGCUGACGGACUUGAGGUUCCUCAGCAUCGACUUCCUCAACACCUUCCUGCACUCUUACCGGGUCUUCACCACGGCUAUGAUUGUCUUGGACAAGCUGAUCACUAUCUACAAGAAGCCCAUCAGUGCAAUUCCUGCAAGGUCUCUGGAGCUCCUGUUUGCCAGCAGCCAGAACACCAAGCUCCUUUAUGGGGAGCCUCCCAAGUCUCCGCGAGCCAACCGGAAGUUCUCCUCGCCACCACCCCUCUCCAUCACCAAGUCCUCUUCCCCAAGCCGGAGGAGGAAGCUGUCCUUGAACAUCCCCAUCAUCACAGGUGGGAAGGCCCUGGACCUGGCUGCCUUGAGCUGCUCCUCCAAUGGCUAUGCCAGCAUGUAUUCCUCCAUGUCGCCCUUCAGCAAGACCACUCUGGACAUCAACAAGCUCUACGUCUCUGCCAGCAACUACUCCAACAAGAUCUCCGAUGAGGGGGAGGUGGGCACAGAGAAGCCAGAGGAGACCCUUCUGAACAAGCAAAGCCCAGAGAUGUCUGUCCGAGAAGAGUCUGACAUGGAUCCAAACCAGAGUGACGAGGCAGAAACAGAGACCUCGCCAACCAAAUCGCCCACGACCCCAAAACUGGUCAAGGGCAAAAACUCCUCAGAAUUCCCUUUGUUCUCCUAUAACAAUGGGGUCGUGAUGACAUCCUGCAGGGAGCUAGACAACACUCGCAGUGCCCUCUCAGCUGCUUCAGCCUUUGCCAUCGCAACCGCAGGCGCCAACGAGGGCACGCCAACCAAAGAGAAGUACAGGAGGAUGUCCCUUGCCAGUGCAGGCUUCCCCCCUGACCAAAGGAAUGGCGACAAGGAGUUUGUGAUCAGGAGGGCAGCGACCAACCGGGUCCUCAAUGUCCUGAGACACUGGGUCUCCAAGCACUCCCAGGAUUUUGAAACAAACGAUGAACUGAAGUGCAAAGUGAUCAGCUUUCUGGAGGAAGUCAUCCAUGACCCAGAACUGCUGACACAAGAGAGGAAGGCGGCAGCCAACAUCAUCAGGACCUUGACUCAGGAGGACCCUGGAGACAAUCAGAUCACACUGGAAGAGAUCCUGCAAAUGGCUGCGGGAGUCAAGGCGGAGCCCUUUGAAAACCACUCUGCUUUGGAAAUCGCAGAGCAGAUGACCUUGCUGGAUCACCUAGUCUUCAAAACCAUCCCUUAUGAAGAGUUCUUUGGGCAAGGCUGGAUGAAGUUGGAGAAGAACGAGAGGACUCCGUACAUCAUGAAGAACACCAAGCACUUCAAUGAUAUUAGCAACCUGAUCGCCUCCGAGAUCCUCCACAACGAGGACAUCACCGCCAGGGUGAGCGCAAUCGAAAAGUGGGUGGCCGUGGCUGACAUCUGCCGCUGCUUGCACAACUACAACGCAGUCCUUGAGAUCACCUCGGCCUUCAACCGCAGUGCCAUCUUCCGCUUGAAGAAAACGUGGAUGAAGGUGUCCAAGCAGACGAAAGCUUUGAUCGACAAGCUGCAGCGCCUGGUGUCUUCGGAAGGCCGUUUCAAGAAUCUGAGGGAGGCCCUGAAAAACUGCGAUCCACCCUGCGUCCCAUAUCUAGGGAUGUACCUGACAGACCUGGCCUUCAUUGAGGAGGGCACCCCCAACUACACUGAAGACGGCCUCGUGAAUUUUUCCAAAAUGAGGAUGAUCUCCCAUAUCAUCCGAGAGAUCAGGCAGUUCCAACAGACGGCCUACAAAAUUGAGCAUCAGGCAAAGGUUACCCAGUACCUCCUGGACCAGUCCUUUGUGAUGGACGAGGAGGGUCUUUACGAAGCCUCGCUCCAGAUAGAGCCAAAGCUGCCCACCUGAGUCCAGAGUGGCAGCAGCCCCCUGGGGGGCCCUUCCCUGUACACCAUGUACCAUAUUGUACAUAGCAGCUGUUUGUUUCUUUUGGGAACCCUCAGUUGACUUCCUCGUAUGUGCUUCUCCAAGACCCCACCACCACCACCCCUCUCCUUGUCCUUAGAAUCCGACUAGCCACCGUUUGUCCUGGGGAGUCUGGCAUAGACCACUUUGUUGACUGCAGUCCUGGUUCCUAUUCAGCUAUGUUCUCUUUGUUGUUGAUUCUUUGCGU